AUGAGCCGCGGCCGCACCUUCUUGCGCGCCAUGGUCGGCGCCCCGCUCGCCCGCGCCCCGACCGGAAGCCUCGCCUCCGCCGGAAGCGGCCGGUGUCCUUCGGAAAAGCGUCCGGGUGGCGGCGGAAGCCCAGUGGAGGCCGGGCCAGCGAUGGCGCGGGAGGGCUCCGGGCGGGUGGGAUGCUGGCGCCGGGCGGGGGCCCGGGGCGGGGGCCGGCUGCGGCCUCCGACGUGGGAGGUCUCGGACUCGGACGGCGAGGGCCCCGCCGGCACGAAGGCCCGCGGGCCGGUGGAGGAGCGCAGGGCGGCGGCGGAGGAGCGCCGGGCGGUGGCCGAGGCUCUGCGGCCGGAGCGGGCCCUGCGGCGCGUGGCGGUGCGCUUGGACCCAGCUCUUCUGGAAGAUGCUGGUGCCGACGUCCUGCUGGAGGCCCUGGGCGCCCUGGGCUGUGAGUACCACAUCGAACCCCAGCGCCCGGCCAGGAGCCUCAGGUGGACCAGAACGAAGCUGGACCCUUGUCCCCGCACUGUGCCUUCGGAGGUGUGGGCUGCCGAGGAACAGGUUCUCCUGCUCCUGGAGCCGGAGGAGUUUCUACAGGGCCUCCUGCAGCUGACCCAGACUUGUGGCCCAUCUUGCUCCGUGCCCUGGGUCUGUCCUGAGAGCUCCACCGGCCCCCACCUGGCUGUCAUCGGGCUGGAUGCCUACCUGUGGUCUCAACAGCCCAGCAACCAGGAUGUGCCUCAGCCAGAGAGUCCAGCAGUGGCCUGUGCCCCAGUGGCACUCAGCUGGCCCAAGGUGGAAGAGGCCCUGGUCCUCCUGCAGCUCCGGGCACAACUGGAUGUGCUGCUGGUGGCCUCCUGGCAGGAGCUGACUCAGCACAUAUGCGCCUUCACCAGGGCCCUUGCUCAGCGCCCGCUCAAGCAGGGCCGGGAUUCCUGUGCCUUUUCCUUCUGUGUGGCUGGCGCUGGGCAGCCAGCGAGCGCUUGUGGCGAGAGAUGGCACGGGCUGCGGGGGGUCUGGUGGCGACAGAUCAGGCAGUUCCGCCGGGUCAGCCCUGCUGUGGCUGAUGCCAUUGUCACCGCCUUCCCCUCCCCCCGCCUUCUGCAGCAGGCGUUCACGAGCUGCAGCACGGAGCAGGAGCGCCUGGCCCUCCUGGCGGACCUCCCCGUGAAGACUGGUGGUGCUGGCCAGCGCAGGGUUGGGCCUGACAUUUCCCGCCGCAUCUGCCUCUUCCUGACUGCCACCAACCCCGAGCUCCUAUGGACCUGAGCUCCUGACUAUGUCUAUGGACAGGAAGGAGCUCUGUCUCACCAGCAGGACAGAGCGUGGUCCACCCCCACCCCAGCUAGCAGGGGAGGGAACAGGGCAUUGCCCUUGGGGUAGGUGGGAGGGCAUGGGGCGGCCAAAACGUUCUAGGGUAACGGGGACGGGCAGGAGAGGAGGGGUGAGCUUCCCUGCCCUGGGUCCCGGACAUACUGGCCACAGUUGGGGUCAGGAAGGGGGAACAAACACCAGUCACGGGGAGACUUGGGGGCGGCAUGUUCUGAGAAGCAGUAAACAUAGUCCAGAGGGAGGAGAGAGAACCGGGCUGGCUCUCCUGGCAGGCGCCGUGAUGCAGCUGGGCGCGACACGGGGAGAGCCCUGGGCAGCCGGGAGCCCCGGGCCUUGGCCCUUACUCCCUUCCUCUGGCCACCACAGAGGCGUCA